UGUAGCAACAAAGCCAUGUCAGUGGCCACCAAAAUUUUCCCCCACUAAAAUAUCAUCAUAAAGUUAAAAAUUUAACAAUACCCAUUAAAAUCUUUCUGUCAAGUUCAAACCUUUUUGUGAAUUUCAGCUCAUAUAGCAAUGUCAACUGUCACCAGUAACUGUUUUUUACUGCCUCAGUUUUCUGCAAAUGAAUUCUCAUCUUCAUCUUGUUCCAAACCCAAUUAUCGAAUAGCUUCGAACCCGAAAACAUGUAGAAUCAGGUGUCAAUCAACAAGUACAGAUGAAAAGAAGAAUAAAAGUAGGAAUGUUUUGGAUAAUGCAAGCAAUUUGUUGACUAAUUUUUUGAGUGGUGGGAGUAUAGGUAAUAUGCCUGUUGCUGAAGGUGCUGUUUCUGAUUUGUUUGGAAAGCCACUUUUCUUCUCUUUAUAUGAUUGGUUCAUUGAGCAUGGCUCGGUGUAUAAACUUGCCUUUGGUCCAAAAGCAUUUGUAGUUGUAUCAGAUCCUCUUGUCGCCAGAUAUAUUCUUCGUGAAAAUGCGUUUUCAUAUGAUAAGGGAGUUCUCGCUGAUAUUCUAGAACCAAUUAUGGGAAAGGGACUAAUUCCUGCCGAUUUAGACACCUGGAAGCAAAGGAGAAGAGUUAUAGCUCCGGGCUUCCAUACCUUAUAUUUGGAAGCUAUGGUGAAAAUGUUUGCCAGUUGUUCUGAAAGAUCAAUAGUAAAACUCGAAAAGCUUCUAGAGUCCAAAAUAUCACAAGGGGUUCAGGAAAUUGAGUUGGAUCUUGAAUCAGAAUUUUCAAAUUUGGCACUUGACAUAAUUGGUCUUGGCGUUUUCAAUUAUGACUUUGGUUCGGUCACAAAAGAAUCUCCUGUCAUUAAGGCAGUCUAUGGUACGCUUUUUGAGGCCGAGCAUCGUUCUACUUUCUACAUUCCUUACUGGAAAUUCCCCCCAGCUAGAUGGCUAGUUCCUAGACAAAGAAAGUUUGCCAAGGACCUCAAGGUCAUCAACGAUUGUCUUGAUGGCCUCAUAAAAAAUGCAAAAGAGACGAGACAGGAAACGGAUGUUGAGAAACUGCAAGAAAGGGACUACGCAAAUCUCAAGGAUGCGAGUCUGCUUCGUUUCUUAGUUGACAUGAGGGGAGUUGAUGUUGAUGACCGUCAACUAAGAGAUGACCUGAUGACUAUGCUUAUUGCUGGGCAUGAAACAACAGCUGCCGUUCUUACUUGGGCGGUCUUCCUUCUGGCUCAACAUCCGGACAAAUUGAAGAAAGCACAAACUGAAAUCGAUGCAGUCGUCUCACAGGGGGGGAUAACUUUGGAGUCGCUUAAAAAGCUAGAAUAUGUUAGACUCAUCAUUUCAGAGAGUCUACGUUUGUAUCCUCAGCCUCCUUUGCUCAUUAGGCGUUCUCUAAAACCAGAUCAGUUACCCGGAGGUUACCAGGGUGAUAAAGAAGGAUAUCAAAUCCCUGCCGGAACGGAUAUCUUUAUAUCAAUAUAUAAUCUCCAUAGAUCUCCUUACUUCUGGGAGAAGCCCAACGAAUUUGAACCAGAAAGGUUUCUGGUUCAAAGGAAUAACAACGGCAUUGAAGGCUGGGCUGGUUUUGAUCCAUCUCGAAGUCCUGGAGCUCUAUAUCCAAAUGAGAUUAUAUCAGACUUUGCAUUUUUACCAUUCGGUGGAGGGCCAAGAAGAUGCGUAGGAGACCAGUUUGCACUAAUGGAAUCGACUAUAGCAUUAGCCAUGUUACUACACAAGUUCGAUGUGGAGCUGAAAGGAUCUCCAGAGUCUGUGGAACUAGUCACAGGUGCAACCAUUCAUACAAAGAAUGGACUUUUUUGCAAACUUAAGAAAAGAUCUAACAUUCAUUAACCAGAUUUUCUUGCAUUGUAAAAGAAAGACCUUUGUAUAGUCAUCCCUUCUAGAAGAGUUCAACUUGACUUGA